AUGAUUUCACUCAUCAAGAAAGGCUUGGCUAACAUAAGACAUAGGGAACAAAAAGAGAAAGGUGUUUACGUGUUGUUCUACGUGUUGUUCUACGUGUUGUUCUCCGUGUUGUUCUACGUGUUGUUCUACGUGUUGUUCCACGUGUUGUUCUACGUGUUGUUCUACGUGUUGUUCUACGUGUUGUUCUACGUGUUGUUCCACGUGUUGUUCUACGUGUUGUUCUACGUGUUGUUCUCCGUGUUGUUCUACGUGUUGUUCUACGUGUUGUUCUACGUGUUGUUCUACGUGUUGUUCCACGUGUUGUUCUACGUGUUGUUCUACGUGUUGUUCUACGUGUUGUUCCACGUGUUGUUCUACGUGUUGUUCUACGUUUUGUUCUACGUGUUGUUCUACGUGUUGUUCCACGUGUUGUUCUACGUGUUGUUCUACGUGUUGUUCUCCGUGUUGUUCUACGUGUUGUUCUACGUGUUGUUCUCCGUGUUGUUCUACGUGUUGUUCUACGUGUUGUUCUACGUGUUGUUCUACGUGUUGUUCCACGUGUUGUUCCACGUGUUGUUCUACGUGUUGUUCUCCGUGUUGUUCUACGUGUUGUUCUACGUGUUGUUCUACGUGUUGUUCUACGUGUUGUUCCACGUGUUGUUCUACGUGUUGUUCUACGUGUUGUUCUACGUGUUGUUCUACUACGUGUUGUUCUACUACGUGUUGUUCUACUACGUGUUGUUCUACGUGUUGUUCUACGUGUUGUUCUACGUGUUGUUCUACGUGUUGUUCUACUACGUGUUGUUCUACUACGUGUUGUUCUACGUGUUGUUCUACUACGUGUUGUUCUACUACGUGUUGUUCUACGUGUUGUUCUACGUGUUGUUCUACGCUGGUACACAGGACUACUAUUGA